AAGGGGUCGGUGGGCCCAGUUGAUCUUCUCGUUGGAGGGCAGCUCCAAUCUUCCAUCACCACCUGCCCAUUCCACUGCCUAUGAACUCGACGGUGCCCACAAUUCAUACUUUCCCUCCUCCGUCCACGCCUCCCCUGUUCCAUACAACCUGACAAAUUCCGAUUGGGUUCAACAUUUCGGCUAAUGUUCGCCAUUAAUCCUUCUUCCUUUUUCUUCCCUUCCAAUCCCACCACUGCAACUGCACGUCAACAUUCCAUCUCUCCCCCCUCCUCCUUCCGUCUUUCCCUUGCCGCUACCGGAGACGCCUCCCCUGACCCCUCAAUUUCCCGCCUCUUCAAUUUCCCUUCUCUUUCUGCCACCGACGCUACCGGCGGCUUUCGUCUUGGACAAGACUACGAUGCCGGAGCUUCCUCCCCCGUUAUCGAUGGACCGGGGAGGUUCGCCAGAGGAAAUGGCACCGUCAAAGUGAACGCCAUGGAGAAAAAAUGGUCUCGUGAUAGAGAGAGUUAUUUAGUCGAUGAUAGCGAUGUUCUCCCUCUUCCUAUGACUUACCCGGAUUCUUCCCCUGUAUCGCCGGAUGAGAUCGACCGUCGGCUUCGGUGCGAUCCACAAGUGGAGGAUUGUAAAGAAGUGGUGUAUGAAUGGACCGGGAAGUGUCGCAGUUGCCAAGGGUCUGGAUAUGUUAGCUAUUAUAACAAAAGGGGAAGAGAGAUCACUUGCAAAUGUAUACCUUGCCUUGGAAUUGGGUAUGUUCAGAAGAUAACGGCUCGAAAGGACAUUGAACUAAUGGAGGAUUUGGAUAAUAACGGAAAGCCAUUGUGAUUCAAUGCCUGUUUUGAAAAUCUACACAUCUCUAUCUAACUUCACCUUUGAGGGGCUGUAAUUUUUCACGCAGAAGUUAUUUAGAUUAGGUUUUGUAUUGAUGAUAGGCAAAAUAAACACAUGGAGAGAAUAUUGAACACAGUGGCGAAAUAAAAGUAAUGCUCAUUUGGUAGUGAGUUGUAGCUUCAGCUUCCUUCUUGACUAUCUCUUGGAUUGUCAUAAUGCCCUAUUACAUCUACUGUUAGUAUUACUAUUAGGUCUAUUUUGUUAAAUUAUAAUAUAAUGGUAUUCUAACCUGAA